AACCGGAAAUUAGAUUCCAAAAUCAGGCUUGCUUCACCCAACUGUCUUUAUUGUCAAAGCUUUUUAUUAAGCUACCUUUGCGCGUCAAUCUUGGAAUAUUUAUAUUACUAGUAGUUAACAAAUGUUAUUAACUAUGGUUAGAACGGGUAGAUAGGUAAUCUCAGCUGAUAAGAGAACUUGACAGAAAACUGGAUGAACACAUGCAACACCACGCACAGAAUGCGUUGCAGUAUUACCUUGGCCUGGGGCGAGUGACAUUGCGGUUGUGACCGCGUGAAAAAAGUGUUCGGUGUCAUAGAAAACAUCCUCUGUCGGAAGAGGGGUGACCUGUGCAAUAUUUCAAAUGGAGAAUGGAGACUGGAGAUAUAUGAUGACUGAUCCAGUAAUGUUGAACGUGGGAGGCUGUUUGUACACCACGUCCCUGUCCACCCUACAGCGCUACCCUGAUUCCAUGCUGGGUGCCAUGUUCCGUGGAGACUUCCCCACCACCAGGGACGCCAAGGGACACUACUUCAUCGACCGAGACGGUCCACUCUUCCGCUACGUACUCAACUUUCUCCGCACCUCCGAGCUGACGUUGCCCUUCGACUUCAAGGAGAUGGAGCUUCUCCGCAAAGAGGCCGACUUCUACCAGAUCGAGCCUCUCAUCCAGUGUCUGGGGGACACCAAGCCCCUCUACCCUUUAGAUACCUUCGAAGAGGUGGUGGAGCUCUCCAGCACCCGCAAGCUCUCCAAGUACUCCAACCCCGUAGCGGUGAUCAUCACCCAGCUCACCAUCACCACCAAGGUGCACGCUCUUCUGGAGGGGAUUUCCAACAGCUUCACCAAGUGGAACAAACACAUGAUGGACACCAGGGACUUCCAGGUGUCCUUCACCUUCGGGCCGUGCGACUACCACCAGGAGGUGUCCCUGAGGGUGCACCUGGUGGAGUACAUCUCCAAGCAGGGCUUCACCAUCAGAAACACGCGCGUGCACCACAUGAGCGAGCGGGCCAACGAGAACACCGUGGAGCACCACUGGACGUUCUGUCGGCUGGCGCGCAAGGUGGACGACUAGACUUGCUGACCGAUUAUUGUCGGGGACACACACCUGGGACACCAUCACCUGGGACACACACACCUGGGACACACACACGUGCCUCGGACAUUCAAAUACACCUAUCUGGCACACACAUGUACAAUGUCUAUGUGUCAUUGUAGUAGUAGUGCCAAUACCCAAAUAACAUUCUAUACCUCCUAUUCAGUACAGUUUAGAUGUAGGAGAACUGAUCGGUGUGGUGAACACUUUCAUGGGGAAAUAUGAACCAUACUGGAUAUUUCUAUGAUCACUGACGGGUUUUUCCGUGGGAAUUGGAACAUAGUGUCAAUUAGACCUUCAACAAGUUGGUCCUAGCUUGAACUUGACUGCAUGUGGUACGUGAUGCUAAUGAUUAUUACACGUACAGUAAUUAUUGAAUGCCUUUUUUUAAUCCCUUAAGGGCUGAGAUGAUACUAUUUUCCUUUCAUCAAAUUACGAAGAACAAGAAUUAGGUCCAAAACAUUUAUUAAGCGUGUAGUGUAAAGAUUUCUCUUAAAUGGGUAAAAUAUGUUAAGCUCACAACACAGUAUGGCUGUAAACCAAUGUUUCUAGUAGGAUUACAUUCUCUUUGAUGUUAGUCCAUACCAUAGAUUUCUAUAUCAGUUGGAUAGGCCUGGAUAAUUUAAUACAUAUAAAGUAAAUGUUUUCUGUGUGAAUGGUUGUGAAGUGCUGGACUGAUGUUUAAUGUGAAACACUGUGUAACCUCUGUUCAACUCAACUGUAAUACAUAUUGGUUGGACUUAUGGUUUUUGUCCUUGUAAACAACUUGUAUAGGACCAUCCAGGGACUAAUACUGAGGACAGCAUAGCCUUAUCCUGAUAAUGCAUUGUAUCUGACUCCUCAAAGUAGGUCCAAUGUGUAACUUUAUCUAUCCCUAUUUAAAUAAAGUCUUAAAUGGU